CGCCGACACCACGUAUCGCUCGGUCGCGCGUCCAUACAUUCUCAUUUUUUUCAAAAUCAUUUGUAAUUUAAUCGCUCAGUAUAUUAAAAGUUGUAAAAGUCCAAAUUGUGUCGACUACGUCAUUUCUCAAGAACCUGCGCCAACAGAUUCGAGCUGGAUGAGGUUUUGGAAUCCACUAUCUAAAGGAGGACAAAGGAAUUCAUCGGCGCGGUCGAACAAAGGAGUCGACAUUUUGGACACGUGGAGAUCUGGAGAUUCACCCAAAUUCAAGCAGAUUCAACAAGUUUAUACCUGAGUCUACAAUAUUUAAGCGAGAAUAUACCAGGAAAAGGGUUUGCAGUGGCAUUUGUGUGAGUUCGUUCCAAUUAUAUUCUUUUAAUUUCACUUCACUGUGUCUUUCAUACAGAGUGCUGUGCUCUUUUCCAUCGAAACCACUAUCUAAAGGUUUCAUUUCAAUCUAAAAUCCCAAUUAGUGCUAUAAUUCCGUCUAUUGCCCAUUGUUACUAAAUAUUCUUUUGGAAUCGAAAUUAUAUCGAUCUUUAUUUCUAUAAACUAUCAACAAAGGUAGCUUCAGUAUCUUGUUUUCAGAGGUCUAGAAGGCUGUGUUGCCUCUAUUUGAGCCAAUACAGAACAAAAAUUGAAAUAUUAGCUAAUUUUUAUUCGAACAUUCCAGAACCGGCGAGGGGUCAAAGUCCACGAUCUCGCCGGCCGCCUGCCUACGUGACCGCGCGUUGUCUCGAGUAACGGGACUUCGGGCGUGGCUUGUUCGCACGUUUGCUUGACUAUCCUUCUGCCUGCUUAAUCACGCUUCGCAUAAAAUUUAAGUAUAUUUCCAAUAGUUUUCACUCUUUUGUACAAUAUUUGCCUUCAUUUACCGCGUGUUUAAUUAUUAUUUUUCUUACAGCUGUAGGGCAGUUUGAGAUUUGUUUCGUUUUCACUCUCGCAUAUUAAAUAGCAUUUUAACGCAAGCUUCAAUAAUUGCAAUAUUUUUUUGUUCAAUUUAUUUUUUUUCUUCUUCCUUUAAACUUCAUAAUGGACAAUUUAAAAUCACUAAAGAAAAGCCGAGCAAGCUUCAAAGCAAAGCUGACUGUUUUCAAAGAUUAUUUAAAUGCUUUGCUACCUAGCAGUGAGCUUAAUAGCGUACAAAUGCAUGAGCUUACCAUGCGACAUGCCAAAAUGUCAGAAAUGUACAACGAUUUCGAUUCCAUACAAAAUGAUAUAGAAAGCUUGACGGAAAUUCCAGAUGAGGAGUACGCAGAGCGGACUUCCUUUGAGGCCCGGUACUUCGGUGCCAUGGCUGCUGCGCAAGACCUGCUCAGCAAGCAUGCCGCGCCCGCCGAGCCUGCCUCUGCGGUGCACGACAGCGGAUCGGUGGCGGGAUCAGAAACACGACCACUUACGACACUCUCCAAAUACAUGAGAGUGCAACAGCUCAAGGCUCAUUUUUGGAGAAGAUACUCAAAAGAAUAUAUUUCAGAGCUCCAGUCCCGCAGCAAGUGGCGCACUCAGGGUGCGCAUCCACAGCUGGGCGAGAUGGUCAUCAUCAAGGAUGACCGCCUACCACCCUACCGAUGGCUGCUCGGACGAGUCACAGCCGUCCACCCGGGCAGCGACGGCGUCAACCGCGUCGCCGACGUCCUCACCACUACGGGGACCCUGCGCAGGGCAUACAACCGGCUCUGCCCACUUCCAUCGACGUUGGAUCAGGCAGCUCCUGACCCAAGGGGGGCAGCCUGUUAACGCUCCAUCCAUGUGUGCGUGCGCGCAC